AUGGAGCAAAACAGAACACUACACUGGAUCUUAUGGAUCAUGAUAGCGGUGUUACCGUUAACGAAUGCUCAAUAUCGAUCCCCUCGAAUAAUCGAAAACCCUAGUGAUACAAUCGUACCCAAAAACGAUCCCGUAACGUUGAACUGUAAAGCGGAAGGAAAACCACAACCCGUCAUCCAGUGGUACAAGGACGGUGAGGAAGUAAAGCUUGAUGCGAAUCAUGUGCUGCUGCCGGCCGGAUCCUUGUUCUUCCUGCGCACCGUGCACAGCAAGAAGGAGCAGGAUGAUGGUGUUUACUGGUGUGUGGCCAGCAAUCCGGCCGGCAAGGUGUACAGCCGCAAUGCAACACUGCAAGUAGCAACACUGCGAGAUGACUUUCGUGUGGAGCCGAAAAACAAGCGAGUCGCGGCGGGUGAAACAGUCCUGCUGGAAUGCAGCCCGCCCCGUGGCAAUCCGGAGCCGAACGUUAGCUGGAAAAAGAACGACGUCUUUCUCGAGCUGGACGAUUAUCGCCCAUCGAAGGAGCUGGCCCGGAUACGGAUCGUUGACAGUGGAAACCUUCAGAUCGGUGAUGUCCGUCCGACGGACGAAGGGCGUUACCAGUGCAUCGCCCAAAACAUGGUUGGCUCGAGAGAAAGUGGGCUCGCAAAAUUAACCGUCCAAGUCAAACCGUACUUCGUGGCCGAACCCGACGACGCAACCGUCCUGGAGGGACACAGGGUCCAGUUUCAGUGUCCGGUCGGUGGCGAUCCGGCGCCUCAAAUCCUCUGGACGAAACAGAACGGCGAUAUUCCGGUCGAGCGGGCCGAAAUACUGGAAAAAGACAAAAGCCUAAUCAUCCGCAACGUGACCGCUGAUGACCAUGGUCAGUAUAUCUGCGAAGCUCGGAACUCUGUCGGUGUCGUCAGUGCGCGGGCCAGCCUAACCGUUAACACACCGCCCGUGUUCACCAUUCGACCACAGGAUCAGAAAGUCACCGUUAAUGGCGUCGUAACAUUCAAAUGCUCGGCCACCGGAAGCCCCUUGCCGUCGGUAUUUUGGACGCGCGAAGGCUCCCAAACGCUCAUGUUUCCGAACAACAGCUACGGCAACAUGUACGUGUCCAGCCAAGGCUCCCUGCAGAUUCGCGGCGUGCAGCGGGAAGAUGAUGGCAACUUCGUUUGUUCUGCUCUCAGUGUGGCGGGGUCAGACACAAGUCGAGUGUAUUUACAGGUGAUAUCGCCAAUUGAUAGCAUUCCGCCUCCGCUGUUACAGCAAGUCCCUUCAAAUCAAACUCUCCCGAGUGGUACGAAGGCGACGCUUCCUUGUCAAAGUUCUUCGUUUUCGGGUUACGAAACAUCGUUAGCGCCCCGUUGGCAACGCAACGGUAUCAAUCUGCAGACUGGGCCUGGAAAACGAUUCAAACUGCUCCCAGGUGGAACGCUAAGGAUUGAAGAUCUACAAUCAGAUGACAGUGGGUGGUAUCGAUGUAGUUUUAAAGAAGAUGGUUAUGAAUAUUCUUGGUCGGCGUAUCUGAGUGUCGAUAGCAAUCUGCCACCUCAAUCUCAGCAGAUAUUCAAUCCAAACCUGCUGCCUUCCGCGCCUGGCCAACCGAAGGCGGCCAACAUUACGAACACAAAUGUGACGCUUAUUUGGGCCCGCGGGCAGGAUAAGCUCCGAACGAACGCCAUCGCCAGCUACACGAUCGAGUAUCACAGCACGGACGAUCGUGAGGUGGAUGCUGGAUGGAAAAUCGCAUUGCGCCAGAUCGCGGGCAACACGGCCACGGUGACGGGGCUGUCACCCGAAACUGGAUACAUCUUCUCGGUGCGUGCCGAAAACGGGAUGGGCUUCUCGGCACCCUCGCCCGUAUCAACGCUGAUCCGCACGCUAUCGUCCGACGACCGUGUAGCCAUACCAGAAGAGCUGGAGACGGCACGCAUGGUGCUAAGUGGAAAGAUCCUGGAACUGAUCGAUAUCAUCGCGCUGACCUCGUCGUCCGUGCAACUCGAGUGGCAGCUGCAAAUCGGUGGUUCGGAGGAGUAUAUUGAGGGUUUUUAUGUGCGGUAUCGAGAUUUGGAUAGCGAAGUGCAACGGUACAGCAUGCUUCCGAUACCGAACAGCGAAACCGAGAGCCACAUCAUAACGAACCUAAACAAGUACACCCGGUAUGAGUUCUUUUUGACACCGUACUUCAAGAAUCUCGAGGGGCAACCGAGUAAUGCGCGGAACGUACGCACGCUCGAAGACAUUCCAUCGGGACCACCGACGAACAUACAGGCCGGAAUGUUGAACCUUACCGCCGGUUGGGUGCGUUGGAGUGCGCCGUUGCGCGAACACCAGCAUGGCGCCGUCAUGGGGUACAAAAUUCAAGUCAAGUCAGGCAAUAACGCCUCGAAGCUGCUUGCUCAGAUGACGUUAAACGCGACAACCACCUCGGUGAUGUUGAACAACCUGACCACGGGCGCAAGCUACACGAUUCGCGUGGCAAUGUUCAACCGGAUGGGUAUGGGUCCGUUCUCCAAACCGCUGUAUCUGACGAUGGAUCCGUCGUUCGUGAUCGUACCGCAGGGUGUGCACAACAAUCACCACUUUUUCAGUGACUACGACGAUCGCCGCCCGCCUCAGCAGCAGUCGCACGCGAAUAGUUUCCUGCACGAAACGUGGUUUAUGAUCUUGGUGGUGUUUUCGCUGGUCGUCAUACUGCUGGUGACGAUCGCAGUCGGUGUGCUGAUUUUCCGCCGGCGCCAGAGCCUAGGCAAACCGGUUGUAACCGUACCGGCUCUGGGUGCUCGGAGAAGCGACAUAGCUAAUCUCAGCAUGUCCCGGAAAGAUGGCGGAAUUUGGAUUGAUCGUGGCUGGCGUACGUGUGAUACGGAUAAAGAUUCCGGUCUCAGCUCCAUUAAGCUACUGGAGGGUAACCAAACACAUCACACGUACCCGAUGCCUGAUGGUGGCACUGACUACGCCGAGGUUGAUCCACGUGGUUUGACAUCGUUCUACAAUCGGAAGUCUCCGGAAAGUCCUACUCCUUACGCUACAACCAUGAUCAUCAACGGGAUACCUCGCAGUGACAACGGUGAUCUGGGCUAUCAAGGUCACGAUACGUUCUCAUCUACUUCAUCCAGUUUCCGUUCGUUCUACGGUUACCCGCGACCCAUCAACACAAACAAUGUUCCUCCCAACUGGGUCGACUAUCUGCCACCACCUCCAGAGCAUCCUCCUCCCGUGCCACAGCCAUUGGACAUCAAUCAUCAUCUCAACCACGUGUACCCGUCGGAGCUGGUAGGCACGUUGAACAGCUCGCAGUCGUCCAGCUACUGUUCCCGGCGUACCAGCGGAUACAAGUGAGCCACCGAGGCCCGCUUCGGCUGGUAGGCUGAAAACAUACCAGCAACCACCACACAAACAGAAAACCAAACGCAAAAUCACGAAACAAACCAGAUCUCAGGCUCCCGGUCGUUGUCAUCAUCGGUGGAUUUCUUCGAAUGUGCCGAUGCGAUCGGGUCCUAGCUGUGCCAAAUCUUGGUUGCCUCACCGUAGAGUAGAUGCGGCAGUAGGGGCGUGGCUGUUCAGCCAAACGCGCACUUUGUUGGAAUUUUGCAAGCGUAGUAAAACGAGAGUACUACAGAUCUCUGGAUAGUUCCAGUGCGCCACGCGUCCCAAACGGCCAACGAUAAGAGAUCCUUACAGGAUUAUCGUUCAAUGUAGAACUUCUCCGGAUUAAGGCAUUCCGAAUGGUCAAUGAGCGGAUCAACUGCGAUUGGCCACUGACUGUGAAUGAGACAUCCAUUGGUUCGGCUUGGCAUCAUCACCAUGUGCAGUCGUGAGUUAGAUGUUGCACAGGUUCAAACGUUUAUCACAACCCGCGAGUUUCUUCGCCUAAGUAGAUGUGUGCGAAUACACGAAAUCGUAGUGCCAGA